CGAUCUAGAAACUUAAGUAGAAGUUGAAGGAAUAUAAAUAUUAAUCGUUUUAUUUAAGGCAUUUAUUAGAUGCAGGAACGACUAAUCAGUAUUCUUUUAAUUCUAGGAUCAUUACAUUAAGUCUUCAAUACCCAUGCAUUGCCUUCACGAGUAAAUGCACUGCAUUUAGAAAAUUUUGACAUGGCAAAUUUAAAAGCGAAUCUGUCUUUCUUUUUGUGCAUUGCAUUUGUAAUUGUAAUUGGGAAUGGACAAAGAGUGUUACCAUCUCACGGUAAAUGUGAACCGAUUUCGAUUCCAUUAUGCAAGGACAUGCCUUAUAACUGGACUAUUAUGCCAAAUCUUUUAAACCAUCAAAAACAAGAAGACGCCGGACUAGAGGUUCAUCAGUUCUUUCCCCUUGUGAAAGUCCAGUGUAGCCCUAAACUGAAGUUUUUUCUAUGUACUAUGUAUGCUCCGAUGUGCACUGUUUUGGAGAAGGCAAUUCCUCCGUGUCGCUCUCUGUGUAAUGAAGCUAGAAAUGGAUGCGGAAUGUUAAUGAGUAAAUUUGGAUUUGAGUGGCCAGAUAGUUUGAAAUGCGAAAAAUUUCCCGAAUCUGGAAUGUGUGUGGGAAAAAACUUUACUAACUCUGUGGAGUCUACUCCCUAUCCCAAGGAACGAGAAAAUGGACAGCAAAAUACAAAUAACAUUCCUGAAACUGGGGAAAGAGGACGGAUAAAGAUAGGAAACGAAAGAAACAAAGAUGAAGGAGACCAGGGCGCAAACAUUUCUAGGCAGACACAGGAUAACAGGAAUGUAGCCACCGUAGCGGUAGAAAACUCUACAUCAAGUGCCGUCACUAAAACGACGACUUACAUGGAGCCAAGCGUGUCCAAAAAUGUAACAAAUAUGGGUCAGCGUAAGAAGAUUCGAUCCAAGGAUUUAAGACGAAUGGAGUACGCCGUCUUGGUACAGCAAGAACGGAAAUUACGAGAGGAGACGACUUUCUUCAUGUUCAUGAACGAAAUGCUACGUCGGAGGAAAAUGCCUAUCCGAGAACUAGCUAAAAACAUAACAAGUAUCAUCGAUCAUUGAACAAUUCUUAAACACCUCUUUUCUACUGUUGUUAUACAUACUGUUGUGAUGUUUAACAAAUAAGUGCAGUAAUGGUAUAAAAUUCUGAAUACGGACUCUCUCUCUCUCUCAUUCUCUCUCUCUCUCAUUGUUACUAAAAAUAAAACGUCAAAUUGUG